AUGAGGAGGGAGAACCAGAGCAGCGUGUCCGGCUUCCUCCUCCUGGGGCUCCCCAUCCGGCCGGAGCAGCAGGGCGUGUUCUUCGCCCUGUUCCUGGGCAUGUACCUGACCACGGUGCUGGGGAACCUGCUCAUCAUCCUGCUCAUCAGGCUGGACUCUCGCCUCCACACGCCCAUGUACUUCUUCCUCAGCCACUUGGCCUUCACUGAUGUCUCCUUUUCAUCUGUCACCGUCCCAAAGAUGUUGAGGGACAUGCACUCUAAGGACAAGUUCAUCCCCUAUGCAGGGUGCAUUUUACAGAUGUAUUUUUUCAUAGUUUUUGGCUGUCUUGACUGUCUCCUUCUGGCAGUGAUGGCAUAUGACAGGUACGUGGCCAUCUGUCACCCUCUGCACUAUACCGCCAUCAUGAGGGAGGGGCUGUGUGUGCUGCUGGUGGCUGGCUCCUGGCUUGUCUCCUGUGGCAGUGCCCUCUUAGACACUCUCCUCCUGGCCCAGGUCAUGAGGAGGGAGAACCAGAGCAGCGUGUCCGGCUUCCUCCUCCUGGGGCUCCCCAUCCGGCCGGAGCAGCAGGGCGUGUUCUUCGCCCUGUUCCUGGGCAUGUACCUGACCACGGUGCUGGGGAACCUGCUCAUCAUCCUGCUCAUCAGGCUGGACUCUCGCCUCCACACGCCCAUGUACUUCUUCCUCAGCCACUUGGCCUUCACUGAUGUCUCCUUUGCAUCUGUCACUGUCCCAAAGAUGUUGAGGGACAUGCACUCUAAGGACAAGUUCAUCCCCUAUGCAGGGUGCAUUUUACAGAUGUAUUUUUUUCUAGUUUUUGGCUGUCUUGAUAGUCUCCUUCUUGCAGUGAUGGCAUAUGACAGGUACAUGGCCAUCUGUCACCCUCUACACUAUACCACCAUAAUGAGAGAGGGGCUGUGUGUGCUGCUGGUGGCUGGCUCCUGGCUUGUCUCCUGUGGCACUGCCCUCUUGCACACUCUCCUCCUGGCUCAGGUGUCCUUCUGUGCUGACAAUAUCAUUCCCCACUUCUUCUGUGACCUUCCCCUGCUACUCAAGCUGUCCUGCUCAAAUACCUCUGUCAAUGAGCUGGCCAUAUUAACUGCAGGGGCUAUGCUUGGCAUUAUUCCAUUGAGUGGUAUUAUGGCCUCUUAUGGCCGUAUUGGGGCCUCUAUCCUUAGAGUCCCCUCUACCACAGGGCUCCGCAAAGCCUUGUCCACAUGUGGCUCCCACCUCUCUGUGGUGUCUCUCUUCUAUGGAACAAUUAUAGCACUGUAUUAUUCCUCUUCAUUAAGUGAUUCCAGUGAUAAAGCCAUGAUAGCCUCUCUGAUGUAUACAGCAGUGACCCCCAUGUUAAACCCCUUUAUUUACAGCCUAAGGAACAGAGACAUAAAGUUGGCUCUGGGGAUUCUGUUCAGAAACAACAUCCUAGUCACCAAGUGA